AGGGCGGGAGGCCGGGACGGUUUUGUUCAAAAUGUUUGGAGGGAUCGCGGGCGGGAAGGUCAAACGGACGCAAGGCGUGAAUCGGUCCGGGCUGCGAUGCAAAAGUAACUGGAGAGCGAGUUCCACAAAAGGGAAGAAAUAUUAUGGCACCAGAAGACUAUCAGGAAGAGGAUUCUUUUUGUUUCAAUGUAGGAGGCUGGUUCUUUUCAAUUCCAAAGUCAAAACUUUUACAGUUCCGUGACUCAGUAUUGUGGCAAGAAGCUUCCAGCCUUGUUCAUUCUGAAGAUGCCAGACUUUUUAUUGACCGAGAUGGAUAUACUUUCCGUCAUGUACACUAUUAUUUGCAUACAUCAAAGCUGUCUUUUUCCUGCCUCUCUGAAAUUAGUUUGUUGUAUGAGCAAGCUACAGCAAUGUGUUUAACAUCUUUGCAACAGGCUUUGGAUAAUAUGAAAGAAAGUAAACAUCAUUUGCGUGUACGACUUGAAGAUGUACCAGUCACUCAAAGAGCCUAUAAGAAUUAUUGGAGAACAAGAUGUAACAGUAAACCUUCAGACUUCCAAAUUAAAAGUCCAGUGUUCACAGGUUUACCUGAUAAAGCCCCAUUAGGAUUGAUAGACACACCACUGUUGGAUACAGAAGAAGAGGUGCACUGGUAUUUUCUUCCUUUGGAUCUGGUGAAGAAAUACCCAACUUUAAUCAAUGAAGAUAAUUUGCUGUGGGUGUGUGAGGGAGUUGUCCUCAUAGAAAUUGGCUGGAGUAAUUUUCGAUAUAUAGCAAAUUUCCUUCUGACUGGCAAGCUUAUUGUACCAGACAAAUUUUCAGAAGUAGAUGUUCUUCUGACUGAAAUGGAGAUGCUUCAAAUUCCAGAACUCAUCAAAGCUGUGAAGUCAUAUAAGAGAGACAUGGAUGGUAAUCCCAAAGAUGCCUCUAUCCCUGGCAAUUCUGUACACCAUUCUGAUGUGGGUUGUGAGUCUGCAUGUGCUAUGGCAAAUAAACCAUUAUAUGUCCUUGUCCUGGAAUUAUUAGUGAAAUACCCAGACUCAGCACUAGGACAGCUUUGCAUUGAAAGCAGCCUUGAUGGGAUGAAGCUAUAUAUUUUUGGCAAUGGAGUUCUUUUUAAACAUGUCAGAAGCUGGUUGGGGACAUGUCGUUUACCUUUGACUGAAGAUGUGUCUCAAAUGUGUGCAGUUUGUGUUUUUCUGGACCGACAUGACAGCCUGUACCAGCCAGUAAAGGAUGCCAUGCGACUUUAUCUACAGAAAAGAAAAAGGGAGACACUUGAAUCAAGGUUUAAGAUAAAUGAGAGUUGGACUGCUGAUGUAGACAGCCAUACUCUUCAUCAGAUUGUAAAAGUUUAUGUGGGAAAUUAUUGGUAUGCCACUUACCUGAAUACCUUCCUGAAGUAUCCAGAACUGCUGUAUAAUCGCAACAAAGCACAAUGGAUUGCAUAUGGCAAGACACUUUUCAUCAUUGGAGAUGGUCAGAUGUUUAGGCAUAUUAUCAACUUCCUGAGAUUUGACAAACUGUAUAUUCCAUCAGGAUUCAAAGAAUGGCCUUUACUUUGUCAAGAAAUAGAAGAUUGUAAGAUUCCUGCACUUACUGAAGCCUUGCAAAAUUGUGAACAAUACAGAAUUUGGUACGCGGAGAAUGAAGUAGAGACAGUUACAGCAGAAGCAGUUGAUGUUUCUACAGAAAUGUCAAAGUCAAUUUCAUCUGUGGAGCUGCAUGGAAGCUUAGCGGAAAAGGAAACUGUGUUAAAUCAUGUUAUGCAAAAGGAGCAUGCCAAUACCGAAAUAGAUCAAUGCAGAAUAAUCAAUUUGAACUGGAGUAAUAAGACAACUCAGACAAAAAUUGUGUCCAUGAGCCCAGCUUCUAGAAGUUACAAUCCAACUCUUUCACCCCGUAAAGCAAGAAAAAGUAAAUUAAAUACAAUUCUUGGAUGGAAGCAAGUUACUGUGGGUUCUUGUGCUUCAGGCAAUGAAGUAUGUUUGGAAGAUUCAGUAAGUCCACCUCAAAAACGAACAGCCAAACCACAUCAUAAUGGACAGACUGAAACAAUGACGUCGAUAGAUAAAUUAAUUUCGCUUGUUAAUGGAUGGAAGAAUAGUAGCACUGAGCGAGCUGGAUUUUUGUCCGAUCCUGGUUCUAAAGGAAAACAAUUUGAUAAAUCAAUGGACUGUAAUCAUUUUGAUGGUUGGCCACACAACACUGGAUUCAUUAUAAAAGUCCACCAUCCUCUCCUCCUGGGAAAUGAUGGCUACUCGGAGUUUUACACAGAUAGUGUGUUAUACAUGAAGUAUUCUACAGACCUGAUGCACAAUUCGGUCACUCAGAAAAGAGCGAAAUCUCAGACAGGACAAAUAACACCGGAAACAUUUGUGUCAAAACUGCUAAACCUAAAGGCCUUCAAGAACCAUAAACAGUCACAUGACAAACUGGUUAAAUGGUUAACAUUAACAUUGCCAUUUGCUCGAAAGUAUAGCCACUGCAUGGAGCUACUGUUGAAGAAAGGAUAUUAUAAAUCAGUCUCAUUUCCUGUGUUAGGGAACUAAUCUGAAAAAAUGGCAAGAGAAAUUAAUCUCUAUUACUUUCAUUGUAUGCAGUGAUUUGCUGUCAAUUUAAAAAGCAUAAUUUGAUUAGUCUUUUUACUGGCAGAUGUUUGUUUAGGAAACAGCUUCAAAGAUGAAGAUCUUAAGUAUUUUGUGGUGAGUGCAAUGAUACUCUAGCCCAUCUUGUGGAAUGAAAGGAGAGCGUGUAGAAAUAUCAGUCUCCAAAAGGUUACAAAAUAUGCUUAUUUUAUAUCUUAUAGAAGGCAAAUGAAACUUUAAUUUGGUCACAUGAAAUACUGUCUUAAGUGGUAAAACCUUAUCUUUACAAGAAGAUGUAUUUUAAUGUUUGGAU